AAGAAAAGACAUGUCAUACCAAAAAAAUGAAGCCUCUUUCCUCUUUCUUCCUUUCUCUUUCCCUAUUCCUCUCCUUAUUUUUCCAUGGCUCAACAGGCCAGAAUUUAAUCCAAAACACUUGUAAAACAUGUUCAAAAGAUGAUCCAAAUAUUAAGUAUGGCUUUUGCACUUCAUCUCUACAAGCUGCUCCGGCUAGUCAAUGUGCUACUCUCCGUGGACUCGGCAUGAUUUCGAUUAGAUUAAUUCGAUACAACGUUACUGAUACGAGAUGCCACGUUAAAAUACUAUUGAAGGACAAGGAUUUGGAUCCUUAUGUUAGGAAUUGCUUGAAGGAUUGUUUUGAUCUUUAUUCAGACGCGAUCAUAUCUAUCAAGCUUGCUAUGAAGAGUUACAAUUCGAAAAAAUAUUAUGAUGCGAACAUACAAAUAAGUUCAAUUAUGGAUGCCGCUACGACAUGUGAAGAUGGAUUUAAGGAGAAAAAGGGUGUUGUGUCACCACUAACACAGAGAAAUGAAAUUACUUUUCAGUUGUCUGCAAUGGCACUUUCUAUGAUGAAUCUUAUUAAGAAUAAUAAUGGGUAAAUUGGUUGAUA